GUGUCCGCAGAAGGGUAUGACUACAUUUUAUUUCAGCUUCCAUUGGACAUAGGGAUCCAUGCAAUGGUUGAAGUACAAUUGGCAACCAUAAUUAGAGAUAAAGUGGUUGGCAGGUUUGGUUUCCCCGCAGAUUUUGCAGAAAAAAGGGAAGUAUGGGAGGACUCUCCCUUGGACUUUUUUGUGUUAGUCCAAGGAGGUAUUUACAUGAGUAAAGCUGAGGAUGGGAAAGUCGCCUUCUUGUUCAGUGCCCAACAGGUUAAUGAUAUGAACCGGGUUGGAACGUCAUCGUAUUGCUCCCCGGAGAUGGCGUUUCACUUUGAGGGAUACCCGCAGAAAGGAGAAAGUGGAAUCAACCACGUCAACUGUUGGCAGAUACGAGAGAUCCAACUCUUAAAAGGAACGGCCACCCGUAAAAGCAAUACACGAUGACAAGGGAAUUCCAAUAAACCAUAGAUUUGUCAAACAUGCAGAGCACGAGGUAGGUACCACAAAUUUUAUGGCUCCGUACAGAAGACAUGGACGGUAUGGCCUGAGAUAUCAUACCUAGUGAGAUUGUAAUCUGAACAAUCCAAGAUGGGGCUAAUGUUAACGGAUGAUGUCGUUUUGACAUCCACCAAAUAUGACAAAUUUGAUGUUCAGAUGGAUAUUGAAUUAUGAUGAAUCAAAUAUACUUUCUUUUCUAAAGAGGAUAAAUCCCGUCCGAAUAGAAAAAAAAUCAGAUUCUCAAAUCUUACUGUUAAUUUUUUUUU